AUGGCAACGACUGCAGAAGACACCACGGGCGAAAAGGCUUCAACCGGCCUCUCCAAGCUCCUCUGGACACCACCGUGGUUGAGAUGGAAUCCAGAACAGAACUUCGAAAUGUCAUGGCCUCUGACUUGUAUUUUUGGAUUUGUGGCAGCCUUUAGUGUCGCAAACCUCUACUAUACACAUCCAAUUCUUCACAUCAUAGCGGAAGAUUUCGGCAUUACGGAUGAGCGGGCUUCGCUGGUUCCAACAGUGUUGCAGGCUGGCUAUGCUACCGGCUUGCUCUUCAUCGUCCCCGUUGGCGAUAUUGUGCGCCGCCGGCCGAUGAUCAUAAGCUUGGUUUUCGUGACAUCGUUGUUUUGGCUUGGCUGUACUUUGACGAAAACGUUUGAAUCCUUCCUCGGCUUGUCCUAUGUCGUUGGUCUCUUCACCGUCACACCGCAACUCAUGUUUCCUCUGACUGUGCGCUAUGCCCCGGCUCGACACCGACCCACCAUGACCGCCAUCGUCAUGUCUGGGCUCGUCUUUGGCAUUCUGGUAGCUCGAUUGCUUUCCGGUAUUGUGACGGAAUACACAAACUGGCGAAACAUCUACUGGAUGUCGUUUGGCUUGCAGCUUGCAAUUGUACUUACCGCCUUCUUCCUGCUGCCAGAUUUUCCUGUGUUGCGACCAGGAGCGUCUUAUCCCAGUAUCCUUGUAAAGAUGGUAAAGCUGCCUUUCCAGCAACCCGUGCUAACGCAGUCGGCGCUCAUUUCUUUUUUGCUCAUGGGAAUGUUUACUUCGUUCUGGACUACCUUGACGUUUCAACUCGCGGGGCCGCCCUUCCAUCUAUCGACUCUUGUCAUCGGUCUUUUCGCCCUGGUGGGUAUGUCGCCGGUUCUCUUCAGCCCAAUCUUUUCACGACUGGUGAUGACACGCCUGCAUCCGAGCGGCACCUUGAUCAUAGGGCAUAUCAUACUACUCGCGGCGGUUUGUAUCGGAACCUUUACUGGCACUUUUUCGUUGGCCGGACCUGUCAUCUGGGCGAGUAUCGGAGACUUGGGUAUGAACAUUGUAACUGUUUCGAACCGAAUGGCAUUUGCAAACGUGGAGCCGACUGCCCAGAACUCAGUCAACUCGGUCUACAUGGUUUUCACUUUCUGCGGCCAGCUGUUCGGAACAGCUGUAGGAAACAAGCUGUACGCAAGCGGCGGAUGGAUCAGGAGCGGCUCUCUGUCUAUCGGCCUCAUCGGCGGCGGCCUGCUGCUUGUUCUUAUUCGAGGACCACAUGAGACAGGCUGGAUCGGUUGGUCUGGUGGCUGGGAGUUGAGAACUAAGGUACUGCGCGCGAGAGAGGCGGCGAACUCACAGGAAGUAUCUGAAUCUACAGAGCAUCCGUCUGAUGAAGAGGCAGCCGUUCCGCAAGAGACUGAAGUGAAGGAGAAGAUUUGA